GAAAGAGGGAAGUCGGAAUGAAUCGAUUGGGUAAGAAAGUGUUUCUGCUAGGGCUGUCGAAGAAAUUCGUAUCCGUUGAAUUUCGGUGCUCGUCGUAGGAACACGAAUAUCUACCACUCUUGUGACGUUGUCCCACACACCAUUGUACGGUAGUCGUAGUCUAGCGAGAAAUUAUGAGAAAUACGUGAAAGCUAGCAUGGUAAAACCACUAAUACCAUCACCAAUGUGACAAAGUUGUGAACAUCAUCAAAAGCGAAAAUUAUUACCCCCAAGAACUGAUGCAGGGUAUCACUAUCAGCACCCGUCGAACGGCGCUGCUGCUCCUCCACGGCUGCGCGGUGGUGGUCCAUGCGGUGUUGCAGGAGCAGUUUGUUGACGAUAAUGCGCAGCUGGAUCACGAACAGAAUCUACUUGCCGUUACGCCCGACGGCGGACUGGAGCUUCUCCUGGGGGAGUCGAGUUCUACGGAACAACUGCGGAACGAACUCCACACGACCCGAGCGACGGAGUCCACCGAUGAGCUUCCUCUAGAAGGGCAAGAGGGUAGCUACCACGAGGAAAGGGCGAGAGGUUCGCAGCCCCCCGACAUCUUCACGGCACCGCCCAGCAACGAAGAAUUGUCCAUCGCGCACGAGUCCUUUCUCGAACAAGCAACGACGCAGGCACGACAAGCGACGACCCAUAAUCAGGCACAGAGCCAAAACCAACAACAGCAGGAGAGUAAAGAGCAAAUCUCCAUCGGGCGAGAAAGUAAGGAGAUGCACCAAUUGGUAAUGGAACAAGAGCAGCAGAAGAAUAAAGUGUCAACGAAAGUAGAGCAGCAAACAAGGCUGCUGCACCUGGAGAAGCAAAAGCACCUCCAAAAGCAGAAGUGGAUGUUCGACUGGCGAUGGAAUCGAGCAAUCGAGAAGAGCAUCCAAGGCAACGCGGAAAAGGCGAGGCGGAAAUUGGAAAAGCUGGAAAAGGAAAGAAACAGGCCGAGUAGCGACCAACUGCUGCAGUUUCUGGAGCUAGACCAGGGGAAUUUGACCAGCCUAGGUACGGUAAGGGGAAUAAACUGUCGCAGUCUCAACUUGUAAUUUGCGGAAAAAUCUUCUUGACACUGUUUUUUUGUCAUGCUUUGACAGGCAAGACAGGCACGUGAUGUUUCCUCCUGCGUCUGCCGCAUUUUCACAUACAGAUUAAGAUUUUGUUUGUCACGCCGAUCGAAUUUCUUUGUGUUGCUGAGUCUGCAAUAACGGUUCGAGACUGGUGGGACAGUUUUUUCCUGCGAUAGAUGCAGCUUUCGAUCGGGAAAUGGGCGAAGAAAUGGCUGGGAGAAGUGGCGAUCACGAGCAGAGCACUCUAGAUUCGACGGCGCACGGAACAAAUCUUGUCGAAGCAAACAACAAGGAAAACAACGAGACGACGAGCUCUGCUUCUCCAGGACUACUAGCGCCAGCCUCUUCCGCUGACAUCGUCGCGGACUUUUCCGCUGUGGUCAUGGGAAAUCUGAAACCCUUUCUCCACGACGUGGUUCCGGCCGCGUUGGAAAAGUUCAAGAACCAGCGGAAAAAGUUGCAGAAACUCGAGUCGAAGGUGAGCCGGGCUUUGAAAGCGCUUGAGGGACUGGAUUUCAACGACCUGAACGAAGCGGAGUCCAAGUCGAAUUUGCAAACCAUGAAGACAGCGGCCGCCAUGAUGACGAAAAAGUUGGUCGACGCCGCCAGCAAGGUCCGGGACUACUUGAAAAAGAAGAUCAGAAACCUCCGGGAAGUUGUGGGCCGUAACUCGACUUCGGAUCAUGGUUCGGCGGGCGAAGAGCAUCAAAUUGUUUCGCCUGCUGUGGGGGAGGAGGGUCUUUCAAGCACAAAUUUCCAAGUCGAUGACGAAGUGGUUUUUAAAGCGGACUUGAAAGAAGAUGACGAUGGUAACAGCAGCGUUCCCGGACGAGGAAAAAGUAGCGUCGAAAAAUCCAAGACGUUUCAUCCCGGCGGCACUGUGUCCUCGGACACGACAACAUCUUCGACCAAAAAUCAGUGCAGCGACCGGUUCUUGCGAAUUUGGAAAAUUUCACGCGUAAACGAGGAGCAGCACACCGUGGAUCUGCGGUCCACCGGUGGAAUCAUAAUGAGGCUGGGCGACUCGACGUCGCCGGAAAGAGCGGUUGAGGAUGAAUAUGUCAACUACAUCGAAAGAAGCGUGAACACCACGCAGUUGAUUCAAAAGCACCUUGUGCAGCAAGAGCAGCAAACCCUACCGAUCCGGGUCCAGGGCUUGGCCGAAGCGGCCGGCGUUGCGUUCGACCACCCCAGCGCGACACUCUGGAACCACGUCUCGAAACUGGUGCCGCGGUUCGACAACGGGCAGACUCUCCUGAAGGAGAACGACGAGGUCGUUGGGUUGUUUUUCGGCGACGGCAGCAAUACUGACAAGAGCAACAAAGUCCUAUGCACUGCAAAAGUAUCGUAUUCGUAUAAAUGCAUAUACAAAUUUGAGAAAUAAAAUUUGUGAUGCGGAUUUACCUUAAGAAAAAGAUUUGUAAUGCAUGACUGCAAUACGAGUGCGAUACUUUUGCACAGGAUAAGUCCACUCGCUGGACGAUGAUGACGAGUAUUCCUCGUGGCUUAUUCUAAGUGAAAAACGUCCCCACCCCAGAGUUUUCAUGCAAAUCUGCAUGCCAAAAAAGUUUCUCAUGCGGAGCGCCACGAGGGGCGUUUUCUUGUCGUGUUUUGGAAUUUGUGAUGCUAUAAUCAGCAUGAUAUACUAGAUUUGUGAUGCUGCUGAACUGCCUAAAGAGGAUGACACAUCGAGGACAAACUUGUCAUGCCCAACGACCAAAGCUGGCUGAUUUGUCUAGCGGAUUUCCCAUCUUGACUCUGGUGUGGGGACGUUUUUACAAAUGAUAUGGCUCGCGAACGACGUCGGAAGCCUGAAGAUGGCGGAGGUGCUCGACCUGGUCCGGGCCAAGAAUUUUUCCGGCAUCAAGAUCCGACGGAAAAACUCCCCGGUGGAGAAGAAUGGUGGUGGUGGCAAAGAAGGUGCUGGCGCGUCGAGCAGUCCCGGUCCGGAGUUGAUGCAGAAGGACCCAGAAGUGGAGGAGAAGUUGGUGUUUUUCCGCGACCUAAUUUCCCGGAAAAUCUACUCUUCGCUCCGCAGUAGGACGUCGACCACGGGCGGCGCGGCUGAGCCUGAUGUUCACGCCUCGGGCGGCGACGGUGCAAAAGUUGCCGUUGAGACGGAAGUGAAUCUGAAUCUGCAGGCGGUGGGUAUCUUGUUCGGCGUGGAGGUUUGGAAAACGGAAAAGCAAAAAGCGAAAGCCUCUUCUCCAAGAACAUCCUCUAAGCGCACUACCUUCACGGUUCGCGGCCAGACCAUCCCGAUUGCGAUUGGAGCGAGAAAAGCGCGGACGGCGGGAGCUGCGGAGAAAGAGCAAGAAGCGGUUGUUUCCACAACUGGGCUGUCCGUCUGCAGCAGCACGUCUCAGUUCGUUCCACGGGGUUCGAGACUCCUGUCCGUGACGGACGGGCGUAACGAAACGCACGAUGCGAAAGCAGUGGAGGAGAAGAUCCAGCGGUAUUUGUCGGCGGCAGCUAGGAAAAGAACCAAAUUCGAGAAAAUUUUUAAGAGCAAAGCAGCGGGGGAUGAUAUGAAAAACAAAAACGUCGAAAGUGCAGGAGCGCACGACAAGGCACCAGGAGGCGGUAGUGCUGCGGAAGAUGGAAAUAAAGUGAAAUCCUUCUACUAUGAUGUGGGGGAGGUUUUGCCGCAUGUGAUGCCUGCGCCGCUCUUGUUGAAUUUUGAGACGGUCCGCUACACGUACCCGGGGGAACUUGAGGAGCUGAUGGAGGAAGAGGACGGCGAUGAAGCCGCGCAAGAGCAAGUACCUAGUAGUUCCGCGAAAGACGACCAGCAGAAGUUUCUCACUAUGGCAGACCAAGCGAUGAAAAGCUAUUUCAGCAUGGAGGACCUGCUCGACUCCGCACACACACUGGACGAGGGUGGGGAACAAGCGAGCCAAGCGGUUGUGCCCCUACAACCGGGGAACAACAGUUUGUCAACAUCUUCCCACACCCCUACUUCUGCCUCCCCAGCACCCGCGGCAUUCAUGGAGCUCGUGCAUCGUGCGCGCAGCCGCCGGGCCAUGAUCAGUCAACGGAGUAAAGCAAGAGCAAAGAAGCAACCUAAGUACCGUGAGCUGGCGGACACCAGCACGAGCGACAACUUUUAUCACUGGUUGAAGGAGAUUCCGCUGCGGUUAUUCGGAAUGAUCACAACCGAUCCGGCAGUCAAGAUACAGGCCGGAGACGGUUCAAGCCAGCUGCAGGUGCAGGCAGCCUAUGUUGGGGCGGAUUGGUUUUUGUGGAUGGUGCUCAUCUUCUUUUUAUUGGGUUUCCUUAUUUUCCCGCAAUUCUGGGCUGGGCUUCCAUUGUUCGGUAGCAUCCUCGGCAAGAUGGGCCUUGCUCACUCUGCUGGUUUGAGCGGAUACCUGCCUUUCUGGGGGAAAUUUCUAAUCACUAUCUUUGGAGAUCUUUUUGGCCUGGUGAAUUGCAUGGGGUGCUGUUGGUCCUGGUGGACCCUGUGUGGCAGAACAACUUCGUACAAGGACUUGAAUUGGCAAGGAGACGACAAGCCAUUAGCAACCACGUCCGUGGAGUCGCGCGUCUGGGAGCGGGUACGCAACGGCUUUGGAUUCGGAGGUUUGGGGUUGAUGGGUUCCACUUACCUACUCUGGGUGAAAACGUCGUCAAGCCAUAAUCUGAUGUCAGGUUUUAGUUUUUAUCACUACAACAAGUUAUUCAGCAAGUUGUGCAUCACAAAUUUUCUUGGGCUCGUAAUUUGUAAGCAUGGUCCGCUAAGAGGUAUGAACAAGACCGCAAGUCGUGACAAAGCGAGUGGCCGUGUUCUUUUGCGCUCUGCAGGGGUCGUUUUUGAGCUGAGGGAGGACCAAGCGCAUUAGGAAAGAACUUAGUCCAAAAGCAAAAGUUUUGUUCCUGGCGGUACUAAUGCAGUGCACUUCUAUAAUGAAAAUGAGAAUGAGAAGAUGCAGAAGGAAAAGUAUGCGGGCAUCGGGACGGCGUUUUUACACAGGAUGGUGCUACACCGGCGGCAAAGACGGGCUGUACGAUGCUCCCGAGGACGACUACUAG